AUGAACACUCUCUUCAAUACCGCACUCAAACAAUCCACCUCCCUCCGCCGAGAUCUUUCCUCGCUUUCUCCACCCGAAUCGCAACCCCUCACUCCAUCUCUACUUGGUCAAAUAUCUUCAUCUCUAACCUCCUUUUCAAGAACUCUUGAUUCUUACGCUUCCCUUCAAUCGGCCGAACUCAAUCCUUCCAAAAAGGAAAAGGCCUAUGAACGAUUAACUACAUUCCGUUCUGAACUACACGAUUAUCGCUCCCAGUUUGCAACUCUCAAAUCGCAAAAUGAAGAUCAUCAAACACAGAUAGAUAGGAGUGAAUUACUUGGAAGAAGACCACAUCAUGCAUCAACACCCGAAAAUCCUUAUGCAAAUACAACAAGUGCGACCGCUGCUCGGGAUAGUCCAUGGAGACGAGAGGGUGGACCCGGUGGAAGUCAACUUUCUAUGAAUAGUGGGGAUUAUACAAGAGAAACGCAUGCUUUACGCGAACAAUCAUUCUUUCAAAAUACCCAUAGUGCGUUGGAUGAAUACCUAGCUCGCGGACAAGCAGUUUUAGGUGAUUUGGGACAACAGAGAGAAAUGUUAAAAGGGACACAAAAACGAUUGUACAGUGUGGCAAAUACCUUGGGCGUAUCUGGCGAUACGAUCCGCAUGAUUGAGAGACGUGCGAAGCAGGACAAAUGGAUUUUUGGAAUUGGGGUGGUGAUAUUUUUUGCCUUUUGUUGGGCCGUCUUACACUUCCUGAGGUAA